UGCAGAAGGAGCACCGUGAGGAGCAGCACCGGGACCGUGUUCCUGUAGCCCGGAGAAUGCCGUCCCUGUCGGAGCAGCUGCAGGAGGUGCGGAGUCGGGCUGAGGUGUGUCUCUACUCUGGUGGGAGGGUGGCAGAGGUGAGGGUGGGGGUGAUGGCUAUUUCAAAUCUGCCUUUACCGCCCUGCUCCAAAUACUGCCACAUCGCCGCAGAGACCAUGGUCAUAGAAAACAGCUUCGGAAGCAACCGGAAGGAGACUCUUGCCUCUCUCCAGCGCUUGUCUACAGCGUUGAACAUCCUAGAAAAGUAUGGCUGUAAUCUGACAAAUCCCAACAGGCCAAAGUACUGGAGGACUGUGAAGCACAACAACCCAGUGUUCAGGGCCACUGUUGAUGCUAUUCAGGGAGGACGAGCAGUGCUUUGUCUCUAUGGUUACUCUAAUCAGCAGCCAGAUGGGCUCAGCUUCCCCGAUGAUGUCACAGAUCCUGAUGUUGGCCGAGUUGCUGCAGUGACGCUGGAAGUGAUGAGUCUGAGGAUGGAACUAGAAAUGCUUACCAAGGAGGCUCAUCCCCACCCUGAGUUCUAUGAGAGAAUCAUCCCUACACUCAGACACAAGGAUGUGGGUCUCAACACUGACGCUGUGGUCUGCCACUUCCCCUCCUCCUGCCACACAGACGGUCAGACAAAGUCUCUGGCCCUCCCCCUCCACUCCUCGAGGGGGGGCAACCAGGGCCAGUCCCUGUCAACCACCCAUCAGAGUCUCAGGAACAUCCAGGUCUGUUCCACCUCCUCAAACAAACACCCAGAGAACUGCACUAUCUGUGGAAUAUUCCGGAUCUCUGCCCACUGCGUCACCUGCCUGCUGGGGCUGUGCUCAGAGUGUGACCGGCUGUACCACUCCUACCCAGAGAGGGCCAACCACCGACGAACAGCUGUCUCUUCCUCGUUAUCUUCAUCAUCAUCACAAAACAAAAACAGUCACAGUUCUUCCACCUGGUGUUGCCUGCACUGCACUAAAGUCAACUCUGUCCGCAACGUGCUGUGUGAGGAGUGUGAGCGCCCUCGCUUGGAGUUGAUCAGCUCUAAAGCAGAUGAAUCUCAGCCUGCCACCGUCACUGAGUGGCAGUGUAAGAGCUGCACCAUGGUGAAUGCAGCCAGCAGUAUUCUGUGUGAAGUGUGUGAAAGACCGCGUUUAGCCACACGACCUCCAGUGACCCCGUCACAACCACCAAUCACACCCCCCAGACCUCCAGCACCAGCUGGCAUGCCCGGUGACCCAGAUAGCCAGUGGGUGUGUCAGUUCUGUACCUACCUGAACUACUCUCCUGCGACAGUGUGUGAGAUGUGUGACCUGGCUCGUCCGGAGCCCGCCCCCCUCCCUGUGAAGCUGCGCCCCCCCUCUCCUGUCAGACGGGUGCCGGCCCUGCCAAUCAAACCCACGGGCCCCGCUCCUGAAGACCUGGACUCCUGGAGGCAGAGGCUGAUGAAGGAGGAGGGCCUGAAGCUGAUCCAACUGAUCAGAGACGGGGAGAAGAAAGGAGUGAGUCCAGAGGAGGUGUUUACAAGCAUGAGGGUAGCAGGAGACAGCAGCAUCCUGCCCUGCAGAUGGUUGAAGACGGAGCUCCCUCUGCUGCUGGACAACAUCACAACGCUGGUGGCAACAUCUCCCCUUUCAAGCACGUCCUGUGAUGCUAAGGAUGCUGGGAAAGAGGUGGAGCCUGCAGAAAAUGAAGGUGUUGUCCAGUUGUCUCGAGCAGAGGCGAAGCAGGCCUGGCUGACAGCAGGGGGCGACACUGAGAGGGCUGCCAGACAGGCUCUGAGGGAUAGACUCUCCAAGGUGAAGGAGCUGAGUGCACUGGGCUUCAGUGAUGAGGCUCCUUGUCAUGAGGCUCUGAGGCAGAGUGGGGGGGAGGUGAGGGGGGCCCUGGCCCUGCUGCAGAGGCCCCUUCUGGAGCCCUUCCACAAACACAUUUGGAGUGACAAGCCCGAGCCUCCCGUAGACAUCCAUCACCCCGACAAACAGCGCAUAUGUCGGAGGUUACUGGCCGUUUACAAUCUCCCCAGCUGGGGCCGCUGUGAGCUGGCUCUGUCCCUGCUCCUGGAGCACAGCGCAACCUACUCCCUGGAGGAUGUAGUGCAGGCUGUGAGAGAGUCCCACGACAGGGAGUUCAUCCGGAGAGUGCUGGCUAAAGAGUGUCCCAUCUGCCUGUCUGUGUUCCCCCACAGCAAGAUGCAAUCCCUGACGUCCUGUCAGUGUUCUGUGUGCUGCGGAUGUUUCCAGCAGCACUUCACCAUCGCUGUGAGGGACAAACACAUCAGAGACAUGGUGUGUCCCGUCUGCUGGGAGCCUGACAUCAACGACCCCGAGCACCUCAACAGCUACUUCUCCACCCUGGACAUACAGCUGCGGGAGUGUCUGGAGCCAGAGGUGUACGAGCUGUUCCACAAGAAGCUGACGGAGCAGGCUCUCAUCAAGGACCCCAAGUUCCUGUGGUGCUGUCAUUGUUCAUAUGGGUUCAUCUAUGAUGGCGACCAGCUGAAAGUCACCUGUUUCCAGUGUCGCAACAGUUUCUGUGCUCAGUGUAAGAAGCCUUGGGAGUCUCAGCAUGCAGGCCUGUCCUGUGAACAGUACCAGUCCUGGAAGAGAGAGAACGAUCCAGAAUACCAGAGACAGGGCCUAGCUGGAUACCUGCGGGACAACGGCAUCACCUGUCCUAACUGUCGCUUCCAGUACGCGCUGUCUAAAGGGGGCUGCAUGCACUUCUGCUGCUCCCAGUGUCGCUACCAGUUCUGCAGCGGCUGCAACAACCCCUUCCACACUCAGAAUAAUGGAGUGGCCUUCAACACUGAGCCCCCCCCUGGAACACAGACAGGCCUGUGUGGAGUGGUAGAGCAGAAGGAUGAGGGGGGGCAGCAGCCAGACUCAGACUGUGCAGCUCAGACUCAGCCUGGACAUGCUGGACUCUGCGAGAAGCACUACAGGGAGUACCUGGUGAGUCUCAUCAACAGCCACUCCAUAGACCCCGCCCCCCUCUACAGCUCCAACGAGCUGCUGCUGGCCUGCAGGAGGUACAAGGUGGAGGACCCCCGCAGGGAGGGGGAGGACAGCUUCACCUAUUUCAGCCGACUGCUGCAGAAACUGAUGGAUGAAGAACCGCUGGGCGACAAGGUGCCACGCAAGAAAUAAUGAGUCACUUCCUGUUUUCUGCAGUGAUUUGUCCACAUGUCAACCUGAAACCCAGCUACAGGAGACAACAUGGUUAAAGUUUCCUUGUUUGGAUCGUAAAAAACUGAUGUAUAAAAAAAUGUACUGUUUGUAAUGUAUUCUUUAUUUUAUACGCAGCAUUUUUGUCCCUGUCAUGAUCCUGUAGAUGUGGCUCGUGAUCAGUAUUCCAAUCGGUUCCUCUGAACUGAAUCUUCAUUGGAGCUUUUAGCUGUGUAUCAUUGUGAUCUCUCUGUAACAACUUAACCAGCUUCACAAUAGCAGAAAACCUGUUAGCCAAAGAUAGCUAACGCACUAAUCUCACUCCAUGAUACAGGCCCCAAGGUCUCAAAUUACUUUGUCACACCAUGAAAUCCUUUACAGCACAUUUUUCAUUGUUUGGUAUUAUUCAAUACUUCUGUUGUGCAUGUUAAAACUUGACAUUUCAAUAGUAUACGGUAACAAUCUUAAAAGAUAUUAGUAGUAUCUACGAAAUACUGAGUGGAUGUAAACUCUUGUUGAACAGGUUUGCUGAUGUAAAAACUACAGAUUUUAACUACUGCUUUGUUGAAUUAUUUAAGAUUUGUGUUCAAAAUGAGAGUCUGCCGAGUGUAAAUCACACACAGCGUGCAUGUGGUGGCCUGUACUGUGCCCAAAAUAAAUAGUUAUAGAGCCUUCAAACUGUCCCAUGUGUUUGACUUUGGCAACAGUUUCACUACAUAGUGAAAAUGUCUUUAGCCAAUAUUCUGCCAGAUGCAUUUAAUGUUUCUAAAGGAU